GUGGUCAUAAUACCCCCCCAAUAAUUUGUUUUUAACUUUUCAGUUGGCCAUUUUACAUUUAUGAAAAUCUCAAUACUCAAUAUUGAGUACAUAAUGGCCAACUGAUAAUUAAUUGUACCUAUACGGCUACACGAUUAUGAUUUUGAUGUUGACUAGAAUUAAGCUUAUUAGUAUGCCUACUAAUAAUAUAUUCUACUAACUCUGGACUAGAAUAUUAUCAAUUACCACAGAACAAACCUAUAUUAUCUAUAGGCUAUUAUUGGAAAAAUAAGCUAUAAAUUGUUAUCAGUGCGUCAGUAAUAAUAAUAGGGAUAUAAAGUGGUGAGAGCCGAGGGAGAUUAUAAAUCCCAAUGUUAGUGGUACCAGUUGCUAUAAAUAGACAACCGAACGUGUUUGACUUGAUUUCUUCUAUGGCAUCUAAUUUGUUAUUGUUAAUUGUUAUAUGUAUGUAAUAUUGUGAUCAGUACAGCAGUCUAGCGGCAACCACUAUUAUUUACAAAAAUUAUAGGUUACGUUAUGCUUUAUUUAUUUAAUAUAAUAAUAUCGUUUAAUUUAAUGUGCGUGAUUUUUGAUUGAUGAAUACAAUUGUAUAACAGCCAUUAACAGGUAAUUAUUGUUAUAUUAUUCCGUUAAAUUUUUAUUUAAUUCACAUGGCAUAAGACAUUGUAAAAAUAUGAACUUAAAAUUAUAUACUUAAUUAGAUACCUACUUUUAAAUGUUAGAUAUGGGGAAAAGGAGAAAAGUCCAAUGUGAGUCAUGUGGAAGCAUUUUUAAUAAUGACUUUCAAAAAAAGCAUGAAAAUGCUCUUCAUGGUGGAAAACGAGUGAAAAUAAAAGUACCUGGAGCUCCUGCUAAUCCAUUUGUUGCAUCCAUGAGUUCUAAUAUGAAAUCAAAUGUAUUAGAAAAUGUUAAUUCGGAACUUGCAAGUACAACUAAUGUUCUAAUAGAUAAAAAUGAUGUGUCAACUGUUGCUAGUAUUAAUGUGAAUGACGUUAGCCACGACAUCAGCAAUGGCCAACAUAUAAACUUAUUAGAGAAUGUUAAUUCGGAACUUGCAAGUACAACUAAUGUUCUAAUAGAUAAAAAUGAUGUGUCAACUGUUGCUAGUAUUAAUGUGAAUGACGUUAGCCACGACAUCAGCAAUGGCCAACAUAUAAACUUAUUGGAGAAUGUAAGUACCAUAUUUCAUUUUAUAACAUAGAAUUUAUUAAAGAAAACUUUGAAAUUGUAGGUUAAUCUAAAA